GCGUUUGUACAAUUCCAUCAUUCAUGAGGAUCUACGGUAUCAGAUGUGUCCCUGACUAUGAUACGGAUACAGAAGAUACAAAGGACUACACUUACGGUUGGAUCCCUGCGAACACGACUGUUUCUUGGAAUGACGUCACCACACCGUACCGAUAUCAUCACAAUAAUGACAAGGAAAUGCCAACGUACACAGGAUAUUUCGGAACGUAUGGUAGCGGAGGCUAUCUCACUGAUUUGGAUAUUGUGCCUACAAAAACAAUUGAUCUCAUAAAUAACUUGACAAAUGGUGCUUGGCUUGAUGAAAGAACCCGCGUCCUUUUCGUGGAAGCAUGUCUCGUGAACAAAAACAACAUGUUGUUUACCCAAGUCCAAAUCAUGUUCGAAUUUCCAGGUACAGGCGGAAUAUUCACGAAAACAACGGUUGUAUCGUCCAAUCUCUACCCGUAUACAGACACCUUUGACUUUAUCAUUCUGUUCCUACAUGUAUUGUUUGUAAUCACCGUCUUUGUGCGGUUCGUGUUUGUGGUUGCUAAGGUUAUAAAGACCAGAGGCCAUUCCUUAGUAACAGCAAUCCAAGUCAUUGAUGUGUUGCAUCUUGGAGUUUCCGCCACCGCCAUUGUGUGUCUUGUCAUGAGAUUGACCGGCACGAUCGCCGUUCUUAAUGCACUAAAUCUGGAUAUGGGAUUUUACACGUCCUUCGGACUGGUCUUCCAAUGGGAUGAAUAUUACUCCAUAUCACUGGGCAUGACCACAUUUAUCGCUAUCCUCGAUCUACUCAAACAUUUGUCAUUCAACUACCACAUCUUCCUGAUGUACAGAACAAUAUUGGCAUUUCGCGCUGAGCUUUUUCAAUUUACAAUAACACUUACAGUCCUGAUUGUGGGCUUCGCGUGUUUCAUAAACCUGAUGUAUGGCCAUACAGAAGGUGGCUUCAGAAGCAUACCAAUCGCGAUCCAGACUCUGUUUCGAAUGACAAUCGGAAUGAUAAAAUUCCGUAAUGACAUUCAGGUAGCAGUUACAGGUAUGUUAAUUGCAUUUGCAGUAUACGCGUUGGUCGCCACCGUUUGCUUUGUGAACCUUUUCGUUAGUUCACUGGAUUAUAGAUUAACAACCAGUAAGCAGCUUAUUAAAGACGGGUUGACAUCUUUUGACUGGCACCUCAGUGGACACUUCUGGAAUAGACUAGCCAGACUAUUCACAGUAUGUGGAGCUACAAGACCAAACAAACGAAGAAAGAAUGGACUCAAAAGUGGAAUUGAUCUACAAAAGGGAGAAUUAAGCUUCUGCAGAUUCUUAUCGAAAGUCAUCCAACGGUUUGGAGAAGACACCGAUUUAGAGAAAACAGCUCUACAGACGGUUUUACUACAGUUGAAACGUAGGUGUAGACGCCGGGCGACACUUACCGGAACACAAUACAGAUACUCUAUCGACUGGGCAAAAGAAGAUGACACAUUGAUCAUUGAGUUCUUUGGUGACAAGUUAGACUAUAGAAUAAACGUUGACUGGUAUACGUUAUCUGAUGCCGGCCGACAGGGAAUGAUACCGUACGGUAAUGCCACCGAGCCACUCAGUAUGCUUUUUGAAAUCAACCUGUUUAACAGAGGCCGUGGACGUGCAAACACAAAGAACAUUGACGUCAUGGAUGGCAGACACUCGCAGUGUAUUGUGAUGAUCAAAGUCCCAACCAACGUGUUGUCCUUUCGAACUACAUUCCUGAUCAUGAGCAGCGGUAACCUUGGUGAUUGGUGCCAAUUUAAAGCCAGUCAUUUGGUUAAAAAAGAAGGGGAGGUAUAUUUGUCUGCUACCGUCUCUAGCUGCCCACAGUACGUCAUGGCAGUAGCCUGUGAUCUUUGGCCUGGAGUUCCACUUGUCAUCCAGCAGAACAAUGCCAUCGACUACGUUCUCACUGAAAAAGGGGAUGUCUUCCACCUUCCUGGACAGUGCAAGAAAAUAGUAUUGAUGUUUCCCGAGGGCUGUGUGUCACUGGACACGGCGAUCACGAUACUGUUUGAACCUGGUGAGGAAUUCCCCAUAUUACAUGUCUUGGCCCAUUGUGACGUGUUAGGUCCGAUCACAGUCCAGUUCAGGAGGAAUAGGAACUACCAACCGCAAAAUGACCAUGUCCCAGAAAUUAAACUUCUGACAAAAGAAGGAGAUAUGGACUGGAAAGAAGGAAUCCCUGGUACACAGACUAACCCAAGUGACUUGAGUGUCCAGAUUGAGUGUCUUCGAAGAGGAGUAAAGACAUCCAUCACGGCAUGUGAAUACAACUAAGUCAUGGACACAGGAAGGGAAUGCUUUUCGGCAUGUACAGAAAAACUAUCCUAACGAAGCAUUGACGUAAAGUCGGACGUAAUCUUGGACUUUCACAAGAGAGGCGAGCGCAAAUUGAAGUGAAGAAACCGAUGACUCUCAAGGAAAAGACUUGUGUUGUAUUACAGGAAUGGAUAAAGCGAAAUACUGGAAGAUGUCAAUACGAAACCCGCGAGAUCUCGAUGUGACUUUAGACUUGGCAGUUUUUCAUAUAGAAAUCUAAUAUGAUUUUUAAAAAGACUUCUUAUUCCGUUCUACGUGCUUUUUGGCUUCGCUUAAUUUUGUCAUUGAACAUGUUAAGUACUUUGAUGAUGUUUUACCUAAAACUUUAUAAUUGUAUGCGCCAUUACUAAUAGUCAAAGUCAUACUAACAUGAUUCAAAUAAUGAAAUCCAAAUACAAGGUAAUAUUCACAAGUCAAGCCUUUUCACAACUUUCUUCUUAGGAAAUCAACUAAAUAAUGCUUACCUUAGACCUUAGAUCCUAAUCUAAGGUGUCACCAUUUACCAAAAGAGCCACCUAUUGCAUUUCUGUUUCUACUUAUUAUUAAAAUGUUCCUCUUGAUGAAUUCAUGUUCUGAAAUGCUGGCAAAUUUAAAGAAAAAGGGAAUCACCCAAAUUUCUAUAUUUUUUAUAUAUAUAUAUCAGUUAGCAAUUAAACUUUGUUAUCAGUGUUAUGAAAGUUUUAGCUUCUAGUAUUGCCAGGUAUAGUGGUGUCUAACCCUUCUUAAUCAUUGGAGUAAUCAAUUUUGUAUGAACAGAACGAACUUGUGACGAACGUUGUCAUGGAAAAUCAAGAUUUAGAGAAAGAUCAUUAAGUGAAACCAAUAAACAUGUAAUGUUACAUACGCGUUAUACGAAGCACUGUAUAAAAAUACACACAUGUAAAAUUAAUACGCAUUCUAAAAUUAAAACUUGUUUCAUACCCCGAUGAAACUAAAAAAAAAACUGAUCUAAACGCUUGCAAUUAAUUUUUGA